GCUGGCUGUUCUACGUCGCAGUUCGUUGCAGGCGGGUCUACUUGCAGCAUAUUGAAGUUGCGUGGUGAAUCGGGGAAGUACUUCUGAGGACAUACAGCGGCUCGACCUGAAUGGCGGAUACGAAGCGUGAGGAAGGCAGCUUUGCAAGUGACAUGCUGGCGCUGAUGGAGUCCGGGGAUGGCGCUGACGUGACGCUGGUGGUCGGCGACUCGGAGUUGGCGGCCCACAGUCUGAUUCUGGCAGCGAGGAGCCCAGUCUUUGCCGCGAUGUUGCGGAGUGACAUGCGCGAAGCCCUCAGCCGGCGCGUGGAGAUAACCGACAUGCAGGAAGCUGUGGUGCGCCAGAUGGUGCUGUUCAUGUACACGGAGACAGUGCCACAGCAGGGGAGCAUGGCGGCCGAGCUGUUGGAGGCCGCCGAGAAGUACAACCUGCCGCUGCUGAGGAAGAGGUGCGAGGAGCAGCUGGCGCGGGACAUCACCGUGGACAACGCCGCCGCCACCGCCGCCCUCGCCGUUCUCCACCGCUGUCCGGGACUGAAGACCACCGCCGUGGAGUUUGUGGCCGGCCACCCUGCGGUCAUGGCCACCACUGGCUGGACGCAGCUGCUGAGGGGGAACGCAGACGUCGCAGCGGAGAUCUGCGGCCAGUUGGCGAAGCUUCUGCCGCCAGCUCCACUGGAAAACAGGAUCUUAUCCACAGAUGAGAAACAGAAGCUGGGAGUGCGUCUGGCAGAGGCAGCAAAACGUGGAAGUGUGUUGGAGACACGGAAGCUGCUGGCCGUGGGUGCACCACCUGAUGGGAGGGACGCUCUCGGGAACACUGCACUGCACUGUGCAGUACUAAACAAGCAAGUGCAAGUUGUCAAGUGCCUUCUCGAUGCUGGAGCUGACGUCAGAGCCACCGACUCGUGUCUGCAGACACCUCUGCACACUGCCGCAUCGAUAUUUGACCAGAAGGUUAUGUGUAUUCUCAUAGCGGCAUCAGCACCUCUAGACGCUAAGGAUCGUUGGGGCAAGACACCGCUCCACUGGGCUGCAGAAUCGAAUGUACAAGCUGUGAAGACACUGCUGAUGGCUGGUGCUAGCACGGACAUAAAGAAUUACAAUGGGAAGGUACCUGCAAAGGUGCUCAUGCAGAGUCUGGUAAUUAUCAUGCUGUGCACCAUAACAAAAGGCGAUGAGAAAAGUUUUUAUUCCACCUGCGCAGGGCUCAUGAGAGCCUUCCAGAACAUGCAGAAGCACCAGGCAGCCCUGCCUACAGUUGUGCAUGCGGACACAAGUACAGCUGAGAUUCAGACCAGUUUUGCCACCGGUGGUUGGCAGCAGCAACUGAGCGCGUCAGAGGUGGCCACCCUGGGCGAGCUGGCCGCAGUCAGAAGAACUGACAUCUGUCAAAUAUCGAAAUUUAAUUGUCAGAAGCAAUGGUAGCGGCCACAUUUGCCAGAAAAAAUGGUUCGUCUAUAGUUGUAUGUAGGAUUGAUAGUUACUGUUGAAGGGAUAUAUUGAGAACCAAAGUCAGUAAGCUGGCAGAAUAGUUACUGCUGGAGAGCUUUAACACGAUUGUAACUGACUAAGUCUGUACAUUAGGUAAAUCGGAGAGAGAUGGCACAUAGUACAGAAUCAUGUAUGUGAAGUGCCAUGUUGCAAUUUUAGUAGAACUUUUUUUUGUGCAAGUAAACACACCAGUUGUCUAUGACAGUUAUUUUGAUUCUGUUCAAUGUAACAUUCAAAAUAAUAUUUGACCACAAAAACACCUUUACAUUGAGGUGUCUCCCUUAUGCUAUGAGUGACGUGCCACAUGCUAAAAACAGCAAAACUACCCUGUUCUUAAGUCAAAAUGUGUGUGUGUGUGUGCGCGUGCGUGCGUGUGUGUGUGUGUGCGUGUGUGUGCGUGCGCGCGCGGUGUGAUAAAUGUGGUGUGUAAUAAAUGUGUUGUGGGGCGGCGAAAAAAACUAUGGAGUUUAACAAUAUGUUUUUAAAUAUCCUUAUUAAGUAUCUAAGUAAUUCACUCAUUUAGAUAACUAAUCAACUGAUGAUAGUUGGAAACAUUAAAAUUAAGAUAUAUAAUCUAUUUAUCUUUAUCCAUUUAUA